AUGGAGGAGGCGGCCGGCCAAAGCCCGGAGAGCGCGCGCCCGGGGCGCCGGCGGUCGCUGUGGGAACUCGCAGAGGUGCGGCAGAGGGCCAGGGAGAGCUGCGAGUACCAGUUGUGGCAGUCCUGCGGGCGCCAGGUCCCGUCCACGCGGAGGACGAUGGGCUGCCCCUCGGCUUUCGGCAGGUCUCAGGUGGUGCCCCAGAGCAGGCUCUUCCCUUGGCGCUGCGAGGUCACCUGGCCCGAAGUACGCGUUGCCAGGCCUUCAAGAGGUACCGCCCUCCGUGGUCGUCAAAGGCUUUGGCGGCUCGCCACGCUUCCACAAGGACCAAGUGGAGAACUUCAACCCCAGCGCGUCGCCGUUCUCCACGGUGUAUCCGUACCCGGACUCGAGCCGCCGACGACGGCUCCGCCCAGCCCCUCCACGGAGGUGUCCAGCCCCCGCAGCCCCCGCGAGUCGGCGCAGUCUCAGCAGCCCACGCCACGCUCGAGGCGGGCCCCGCUGGGCGCCCCGCGCCUGACCUGGGAGGAGCAGGAACGGCGGAGGAGGCGCCAGGGGCAGGCGCCCGACCAUAACGCACUGAGCCUCAGAUACCCCGCCCAGCCAGCCUACUCCUUCGCCAGCAAGACGAAUCGCGGGGUGCGGCUCUUCCGCGACCUGCGGGGCAGCCUGCCCCUCGAGGGCUGGCCUCGACAGAGGGCCGACGUCGCCAAGCAGUCCCUCUGA